ACUUAUUGUAAUUCCCAUCUCACUCGCUACAUAAUAUCCCCGUAAUUUCAGCUUGUUCAUCUUUAUAAUGCAGUACCUUUCAUCAAGCUAAACGUCGUAGUAUUAACAUACCUAUCUCUACGAUAGAUAAUGCUAGAGUAUUGUAUAAAUUCUCGUAGCCUUACCGGCUAAGGUUCAUGCAUUUUUGAAGCCAUUUUCGAAUCUCUAGAUCUUUGCUUUACGUCAUCGUGAAGCCUGGCCAUAACACAAACCGGCAAGUCGUAUCAACAAAUAUUGCAGUAGUAUCGAUCCUCUAAGGUGAAGAUGGAUGAAGAUGGUUCGGAUGUCUUCGCCAACCGUGACGAGCCGGUCCCAUCCAUCAUUCUUGAAGGUUCCUCACCACCUAGACCACUUACACCUUCGAUUUCGGGAGAUCAUUCGGAUGGCGAGACUCCAUCCCGGCGUAAGGGUCUCCGCGGCCGCUUUUCGGCUUUCAAGGAGAAAACCAAGAUCCAAGACCAGCUAGUCGAGAAGUUGCUAUCUCAAGUGGUGCCGCUGGACGACGCCCAAAUCCCCCAGGAUGAUGCUGCUCAGGAACCCAGCACUCCGGGCGCGGCCCGUCCCAAUUUUAACCUGACGACCAUGUCCAACAACUUCCGUCGCUUCAACGCCCGUAUUGGAGUCGUCUUCGUCUUUCAAGCCCGCGUGCUCCGUUUACUGUCUUGGAGGAAACCUACCCACACCAUCUCGUUUCUCGCCGUAUUCACCUUUGUCUGCUUGGACCCCUAUCUCCUACCAAUUUUACCCCUAACAGCUCUCCUCAUUGGCGUCCUGAUACCAAGCUUUAUAGCUCGCCACCCGGCAGCCGAAUUCAGCUUGUCAAGUGAACAGGCGAUAGGGUACUCGCCCCAUGGGCCCCCUCUAGCCCCCGCUCGCACAGUGAAGCCUGCCAAGGAGCUGAGCAGGGAUUUCUUCCGCAAUAUGAGGGACUUGCAAAAUAGUAUGGAGGACUUCAGCCAGCUCCAUGACAACAUCAUAGCCCUAGUAGUACCACGGACGAACUUCAGCGACGAAGCUAUGAGCAGCGCUUUGUUUGUGUCCGUGUCCGUCGUCUGCAUCUUCAUGAGCAUCGCGUCGAAUAUACUACCGUGGCGGUUCAUUUUCUUAUCAAUCGGCUGGGUGAUAACAUGUAGCGGCCAUCCUGCUAUUCAGAGACAACUCCGGACGGCACACGAGAAGCACAUACAUCCGCAGGAGGAGAAAGCUAGAGGUUUGAUAGAGCAGUGGAUCGAACAAGAUGUCAUACUUGACAGCGCACCGGAGGUUAGGGAAGUAGAGAUCUUUGAGCUGCAACGCCUCUCAAGUGCAGGGGAAUGGGAGCCGUGGCUGUUCAGUGCGUCACCAUACGACCCGCUGUCACCACAGCGCAUCGCCGGGGAUAGGCCAGUUGGUACACGGUUCUUCGAAGAUGUAUUGCCUCCUAAGGGAUGGGAGUGGAGCGAGAAGAAGUGGGCGUUGGACCUCUGGAGCCGCGAGUGGGUCGAGGAGCGCAUCAUCACGGGCGUCGAAGUCGAAACUGAGGGCGAGAGAUGGGUUUACGACAUAUACGACGAGCAAGCUGCGGAAAAAGUCGGGGUGAUCGAGCAUCCCACACCACUCAAGGGAAAAGAGAAGGCAAAGAUUCCACAAAAGCCUAGCUGGGAAGAAGGAGAGGAUAGCGACGGCAGGAGAGGCGAAUGGAGGCGAAGAAGAUGGGUACGAUUGGUAAAGAGGAAAAUUCUCGCUGGAACGCAUACGUGACUUUUUCAUUUUACUUCGAAGCGUUCGAAACAUUCAAUAAGUGUUAGGUGAACAAUUGCUUUAUUUUCUCAGUCAAGCUCCUAGUAUAUUUAAAGAGGCCGUAGCCCCCUAGGAGCCCCAAGGAGUAGCGAUAAAUAUUCUAUAUUGUAAAAGAUACCAUUUAUCUCAAAUAAGAGUUGAUCGGUUAAUCAAAUAAGAUGAAAACAAACAUAAUUACUAGGUUAGGUUAGGUAGGUACCUAAGUUACGG